GGAGCUCCGCGCUGAUCAACAGCAGAAACACGGAGAAAAAAAGUUCAUUUAUUACCCAAAAAACACCGGUUUCAGCUAGAAUGGAGAGACUGUUCAUCUGAGAGAACUUUUACAGGAGUUUAAUGGAUUUAUUUUCAGCAGUGCUGGGCUCCACCUGAUACCAUGGCUCUGCUGAGGAUUAGGAGCAGUUUCUCGCUGUAUCCAGCUUUACUGCUGCUGUUUUACCAUAAUAGCAAACAGCCAGCUGUCGAGCUGAAGUGCAUCAUGGUCUAGCUCCUCCCACCUGCCCGCAGUAUGAUGGCGUCUGUGGUCUCGUUUGGCACCAGGACCCGGGCCCUGAACCUGAAGGGUGUGGAUCCAGAGACCUGCAUGAUCGUCUUUAAAAACCACUGGGCUCAGGUUUUGCGGAUUCUGGAGAAGCACGAUCCGGCGCGCAGUAACGGGGGGGCGGGACUCCCCCCCUGCCGGCUGGGCCCGAUCCCCGGGGACGAGGCGAGCGCGGUUCAGAACUACGUGGAGCACAUGCUGUUCCUGCUGAUGGAGGAGGAGUCCGGCACGGGCGGAGCCAUGGGCCCCAUCCUGGAGUUUGUGGUGGUGGAGAACGUAAUGGAGAAGCUGUUUCUCUGGAGUCUGCGGCGCGAGUUCACGGACGAUAUGAAGCUGGAGCAGCUGCGCAUGUACGAGAUGCUGGUGGCUCAGUCUCGCCAACCGCUGCUGCACCACAAGCCCAUCCUCAAGCCCCUCAUGAUGGUGCUGUCCGCCUGCUCCGGCCCCUGCGCCCUGGGGCCCUCCUGCGCCCUGGGGCCCAGCAGGAGCUCCGCGAUGGGCCCCGCGGGCCCCGCGGUGGAGGUGGAGCUGGUGCGGCUGCUGCAUCAGCUGUGCCUGGUCCUGGCGCGGGACGCCUCCGUCCUGGAGCUCUUCUUCCACAGCAGUCAGGAUCAGGGAGCCGCCAACUUCCUGCUCUUCUCCCUGCUGGUGCCCUUCGUCCACCGGGACGGCCCCGUGGGGGUGCAGGCCAGGGACGCUCUCACGCUCAUCAUGGCUCUGUCGGCACGCAACGCCGUCGUGGCCAAUCACAUCGCCCAGAACACGUACUUCUGCCCGGUUCUGGCUACAGGUCUGAGUGGUCUGUACUCUUGGCUCCCGGCGAAGUUAGAGGUGUACAGUGAGGGAUGGCACUGUUUAGAGCGAGCUGAUUGGAUGCAGGUUCCCGCCCUCGUCCAGUUCCUCAACUCUCUACACUUCUGUAGCACUGUGUGCAAGGUGGCCCACCCCUCCAUCAGAGAUCAGCUGCUGGGUUACAUCUAUAACGGCUUCCUGGUGCCGGUCAUGGCUCCUGCUUUACAUAAGCUGACUCUGGAGGAAGUGAUGACGACGACAGCGUAUCUGGAGCUGUUUUUGCGGAGUAUCAGUGACCCCGCCCUCCUCCAGACCUUCCUCAUCUUCAUCCUCAGACAUCGCCAUGACAACGUGAACAUCCUGGACACCCUGGUCAGCAGAAUCAACACGCCCUUUCAGUUGGGUACAGUUUCUCUGGCUCUGUUUCGCACUCUGAUUGGUCUGUACUGUGAGGAUGUUAUGCUGCAGCUCAUUCUCAGGUAUCUGAUUCCCUGCACUCACCUGUUGUCCAGCGAGAGACGUAAACUGAGAGAGAGAGACUGCUACUCAUCCGUCGCUGCUGCACUCCUCCAUCUCACUCCAUCCUUCUUCAUCUCCAAACCCUGCCCCUCACCCACUCUGCCCCCUAAACCAGACUACAUCCUCUGGUCAAAGGUCACCGAAGGGCUGCUGAAGGGGAAUAUGGGGCUUGAGGAUCUUUUCUCCGGUGGGGACAAUGCAGCACACUCGCGUUUGACGAACCCAGAGCCCUUGAUGGACAAGAACUACCUCCAGUACCUGAGCGACGCACGCAGCAUCAUCAACACCAGCGUCCAGGCCUGUAGGACAUGGUCUGCACCUUAUAAUGGACUGAACCCUACACCUGAGGAAUACUGUGGGGAGGAGGAGAUAGACGAGCGAGGGAUGGAAAAAGCGAAAGACGUAGAGAUAGAUGCUCCACCUCUGGAGACUCCUCCCCCUCAGCCCCCGACUCCACAGCCUCCCUCUGAAACCAGUUCAAUAUGCGAGCGAGAGAGGGGCGGGACUCUACUGGAGUUAGAAUGGGACGAUACUUUCGACGUUGCUCCGGAAUCAGAGGAAAACCAGCAGAUACAGGAGAAUUCCCACAUAGCGGUGCACUCGAUCCCGGACGAGCCCCCGAAACACAUUCAGGAGAUGAGGAAGAGCGCCAUCAUGCUGAUCCGCGGGUCCUACAUAGAAGAGUCCGACUUCCAAGAUGACGUCUUAGUUUACAGUCUAAUCGCACAGAAAGACGCUAAAGACGACAGAAGAGCUUCCUUCAAAACGACUCAACGAAACCAGAAUCACAACCGCUCACGCAGCCACGUACGAACCGAAACCAACAACAACAACAACAGCGUGCAGCUCCACACGUACAGCAACACGCACAACCACCUACACAACCACCUACAAAACCACAUGAACAUCAUCAACCACGCACGCAACCUCAUCAACCACCCUAAACCUGGAACGGAGUGUCUUCUGGAGUCCAGAAACAGUGGAAAAGCACUCGAGAGUUUUUUAGAAUCAAGCAUCAAUAUAAAGAACCUGGAAUCUAUAGAAUCUGUACAGAUAUUAAAUGGACAUGUCUCUGAGGAAGAGUUCAUCCACCUGGACAAUAAAACCGUCUCACAGGAGCAGGACACACUCCUCAAAACCUCCGGAGAUGACUUCAUUUCCCAGUGUCUCCAGCUGAUCCGCACUUUAGGAGGAGAUGAAGAGAGUAUAGUAGAAGAUGAAGUUCAUUUCCAGAGAUUAACCACGCUGCUGCACGGCGAGGAAGAGGAGGUGGACUUUAAUUCAUUUUAUAAUGAUUAUGAAGAAGAGGAUGAGGAUAAAGCUCCUGAUGGAAAGAACCAUGGCGUCCCAUUUACAGGACCGUUCAUUAGUGUUCUGCUGUCUCGUCUGGAGAACAUGCUGGAGAACUCUGUGGAGGUGAAUCUGCUGGUGACGGGGAUUCUGGCGCAGAUGGCGUCAUAUCCACAACCUCUACUGCGCUGCUUCCUCCUCAGCACACGACCUGCGUUCCAGCCCAGCGUCCGCUCUCUAUACCAGGUUCUGGUUUCUGUUGGUUGCCAGAUUGAGCAGUAUGUAGCGUCCAGGCCGGAGUUUGCUCAGAUGGUGAGAGAAGCUGCUCAGUACCUGUUACUCAAAGACCAAGCCCUAAAGGAUAGAGAGCGGGAUAUCCUGCAGGAGAAUGGAGUCGGCUGGUUUAUGAAUGGACAUGUUCCUGGACGGCUGCUGAAAUCUCUUCCUCCCUGUCCCAAGAUUCCUCCUCAGUCCAGGAACAGAGUGUUCGCCAUGUUCCUCUACGCUGAGUUCCUCAAAGAGCUGGCAGCCAUCGCCCAGGAACACUCCAUCAUCCCUGACUCGCCCACGGAGGAGUAAAACCUCGGAUUUAACAUAUACAUAAACUUUUUACAACGGCACUUUUUCCACUUACAGAGGGGAAAAUAGGUAUUUCAUACACUGACACCUAUAACGAAUAGAGAGGUCUGUAAUAUUUAUCAGAGGUUCACUUCAACUGUGAGAGACAGAAUCUAAAACAACAUUUUUAAAUAAUUAAUGUACAUUUUAUUGCAUGAAAUUCAGAAACCUGAAACCUACAGGUCAGACGUUUCCUGAAGUUCUUAAACAAGUUUGCACAAACUCUACUCUACAGCAGGGAUUUUCGUCCCAAUCCUCCAUAUAGAUCUUCUCCAGAUUUUGAAGAUUUUGGGGAUUUUCAGCUUUUUUCACAGACUUUAUAUUGGGUUCAGGUCUGGAGACCUUGAAAUGCUGCUGUAACAUCAAAAGCUGUUGCUGUUAAUGUGGCUGUGUGUUUUGGGUCAUUGUCAUGCUGGAAGAUCCAGCCACCACUCAUCUUCAAUGCUCUUACUGAGGGAAGGAGGUUGUUGGCCAAAAUCUUGCAAUACAUGGCCUCUUUCCACUUUGCAGAUAAGUAACCCCACAGUAUGAUGCUUCCACCCCCAUGCUUCACAGUUAGGAUGGUAUUAUUGAGGUUGCACUUAUAGUUCUUCUAUCUCUAAACUCAAGCAGGUGCAGUUAAUACAGGUAAUGAGUGCAGAAGAGGAGGAGCUUCUUAAUGACUAAAGAAACAGUAACAGGUCUUAUUUCACACAGUAAAAUGCAAAUUAAUUACUUAAAUAUUUAUUAUAUAUUUUUUAGAUUCUGUCUGUCACAGAUUAAAUUGUAUCUUUGAUAAAAUUUCAGAUUUCUCCAUUCUUUUAUAGGUGGAAAAACUAGUAUCAAAUACUUAUUUCCCCCCCAGAUGUGCAGCCUCAGUACAAUUAUCAUGGAAAUAUAUGUUUUUUUUGUAGCAACAAUCAAAUGCAAGUGUAUAAAAUGUAUAAAGUGUAUAAAAUGUAUAAGUUAAUCCUAUUUACACCAGCCAAUUAAACCCAUCCACUUGGGAGGGGUCAAAAUUCAGUUCUUUUAUAUUCUAUUAUUUUAUUAUUUUAUUUGUAAAGGACAUUGUUGUUGAUUUGUCUUUACUAAUGCACUUUUUCUGAUCAAUAUGAAACAAUUAAUGCUGUUUUUAUUCUGAAUCAUGGGCAUUUCCACAUCAUUCUCAAAAUGUAGCACCUGUGCUUUAAAAAGUAAAGGUGCGAAAACGCAACGCCAUGAACCAAUCACCCCUUCAUCACUCUCUAACAUUGUUGAUUUAUUCUAUAAACUACAGACAACAUUUCUCCCAAAUUCCAAAUAAAAUAUUCUCAUUUAGAGCAUUUAUUUACAGAAAAUAACAAAAAGUUGCAGAGCUUUCAGACCUCAAAUAAUGCAAAGAAAACAAAUUCAUAUUCAUAAAGUUUUAAGAGUUCAGAAAUCAAUAUUUAGUGGAAUAACCCUGGUUGGUUUUUAAUCACAAUGAUUUUUCAUGCAUCUUGGCAUCAUGUUCUCCUCCUCCACCAGUCUUACACACUGCUUUUGGAUAACUUUAUGCUGCUUUACUCCUGGUGCAAAAAUUCAAGCAGUUCAGUUUGGUGGUUUGAUGGUUUGUGAUCAUCCAUCUUCCUCUUGAUUAUAUUCCAGAGGUUUUUAAUUUGGUUAAAUCAAAGAAACUCAUCAUUUUUAAGUGCUCUCUUUAUUAUAGUCUUCAUUAUAAAAAUGGUGGUUCUUCUAUGGCGUCGCUCAGACCUUCUGUGGCACAGUUUCAUUAGUAAUUGAGUGUUCUGCCCACAGCGACUCAGUAAAGCUGCAGAUUAAGGGCCUUAUUUGUUAAAGCUGCUGGCGUGUUCAGACUGGUUUGCUUGUAUAAAAUGAUUAGAGUCACAGUGCACGUGCCUGAGACUGAUGGAAAGCGCACUCAUCAGUGAUCAUCAGAAGAACCCGGCGCUGGAACAGUGUGAGAUAUCAGAUAUACCUCUUCUCUGAUUGGUUGCUCUGUGUUAUUUCAUGGCUUUUUUUCUUCCAGUGUGUUUUUAUUUAUAAAUGCAUUGAAAAGUUAAUUUUUUGUUGCUUCUUUUCUGAAAUUCUUUGCAUCGUUUGGCAGUAAAGCAGACGGCGUGUAUGAAAUUAUACAUUAAAUCUUUUACACUCU